CUAGUGACCCCGAUCGUCCCCCGGCGGUCUCAAAGUGGAAGUGCUCGCCAAGGGAUUCAAUCGAAUUGGGGAAACCAGGAUGGUGCGGCGUCAACGCAAAUCGCAACAGAUCCGCGCUGCCUCCCUGCUUAAUGUGAAGGGGGAGCUUAAUGUGAAGAAGGAGGAGGAUGAACAUCACGGCCAGCUAAAGCCUGCCGAUGUUUCUGGCCUUCGGCAUGCACUCUCUGAUGCGAAGGUAAAGUUGGAGAUCGAUGAUGACAAUAGAAAACCUAACUUGGACGUUCGGCAUGCACUCUCUGGUGUAAAGGUAAAGUUGGAGAUCGAUGAUGACCAUAGGAAGCCUAACUUGCACGGGUGCAAAAUGGUGCAUGGUCAGAAGAAGCCAGGGAGGAGAGGCCGUCGGGUCAAGUAUGGAAAGGACAGUCGCUAUGCAUACAUCAUGUCAAUAGCACAUCGAAUGAAGUUGUCCCCUAACAGUUUGGUAUCAGGAGUUGAAGGAAGGUUAUUCCAUAAUGUAUUUGACCACCUGAUUGAUGCAAUCGUAUCAUCUCAGACUGCUGGGAGCGGUGAAAAGGCUAUAGAAGUCGACAUUGGCUUAGAUGAAUGCAAUUCUCUAGUGCCUCUUGUCAAUCGAGAGUGCCUCCUAAAGAAAAUCUUGACACUCCUGCUCUGCAUGGCACGCCGGCGCCAUUAUAAUCCACCACCUGAAAGUGAAAUUGUGUACUAUAGAGAACUUAAGGGACUUAUCAGAUGCGUAAUUGCAUACCAUGAAGCGAAGGGGAGAUCAGAAGAUGUCCAGUGGGAAUAUUCAAAGGAUCCAUCAGGUUAUCAUAGUUUGUCAUGCUCGCAAACAAUAUCAGCUGUCGAGGAGCUUAUAGAGUUGACAGGUUCCCUUAGAAAGGCAAACCUGCAGUUUCGGGAGUUCAGUCAGAACAAUGUUUCAGUUUUAGCACCUGCUCUUGCUAUGCAUGUGAGGAUGGAUUUCAAAUCUCUGCCAGAACCAGAUUGGAGUGUUGAAAGGACCAACGCGUUCUACUACAGCAAGUUGAUUUUGGUUCUGCAUGAUCUUAAAUGUUCAGGCCUGGUAGGUCUGUCUCCUGAGAGCAAUGAGAAGAAAUCAAUUAAUACUUUACUGGAUUAUAUGACGUCUAGUCAUUUACGUGUAAAGAAAGAAUAUGAGGUGUGUGACUCCUCUGUAUGCAAACCAGUUGGUGCUACUACUCGGAAGCGAGGAAUAACAGAUAUAUUGAUGGACGAUGGCGACGAUGAUUUUUACCCAAUGGGUCCACUGAUAUUUACAGCUGGCUUUUUUGAUGGGAGAUUGGUAGAAUAUAUGAAGCAGCUGAGGAGAUCCUGCUUGGUCUUGAUGCUACACAUUAUGGACAAAAUGGAACCUUACUGUCACCCUGUGAACUUAUUUCAUGUGGAUGAUAAUAAUAUUAUGCUUGAAUGGUUGAAGCAAGUGAAGUUCAGUAGACCAAGAAAUUCUGCAAAUGACGUUCAUCGUUCUGUUUUACUUGCGCACUAUGCUGCUUCACUUAUUCAAGGAAUCUCUUCUAGCGUGGAAGGUGCAUGUGCAGAGUUGACUGAUAUGUUGCGAAGGCAGCAGCAUUACUAUGAAUUUGCACCUCAGGCUCUUCUAGUUUUGCUGCUUUUAGAUUCCAGUGCAUUUAGAAACACAGGAGAGAUGAUGGCCGGACUGCAAGAUCAUGAAGCUCCGAACUCAGGUUGCAGUACUUCUCGUCAAUGUGGUGCGACUCGUGUGAACUGCCACAGUGGCGCCGAGUCGAGCGGCAAUGGAGUGAAGUGUGGAGAUAGUGACACAGACAAUGUGAAGAUUCUCGCAACCAUCUUCCAAGUCCUGAAGGACAUUGGAACAUCAGAUGCACUUGGCGCACCGUCCCCUAGUGAGGUGAUAAUACUAGACCAGAUUAUGGAGCAUGUAUCCUUGUGUGUCGAUGGCUUUCUGUGCACCAAGGCGUAUCAAAAGGAAAGAGACCUGAGAAGGUGCCGCUGUGUGGGUUCAGAACUGUUUCGUCUUAGAGCCAGCGGAGUUCCCAAAUAUUUGUAUUAUGGGUGUGUGUUCGGGGCGGAAGUCAUGUCUGAGCGGUUAAAACAACUCCAAGAGGGCUUCAAUCUCGUGAUCCAGGCAUUGCAGAAAGUAGAGGUUAUCUAG